AUGAUACUUAAAACAGAUGAAGGAAGCUUAUCCCCGCCCCGACUGUCAGCUGCUGGCUUUCUCCAUCUCUCCGGCCUAAACUUCCCCCCGGUUCGGCCCGAGCUGUAUGAGGCAGAAACUCGUCCCACGUACGGUUCGGAGGCCGAGCCCCACCCCAGCAGUAAGGCUAGCCGGAAUCUUAGCAACACCAUGAAUACCCCAGCUGCCGGCAGCAAACGAAACUCCGACGUGUCCACCCCCGGUGGCAGCAAUAGAAUCUCCAACGUUGUCAACGCCGAACAGGAAGUUGAUAACAUCGAACAAACCCAUUCAUUUAGAACGCCUGAUCAUCUACUUCUAGAGAGCGAACACCCUGGCUUGAAGCGCCACGAUUCGCUAGAUAUUGAGUCCGCUAAACUACCUGGUCACCAUGGUCACCAUAACACCAAGGAUUGGGGGGUGAUAUUAAGGCUAGCUUUUCAAAGCAUUGGAGUGGUUUAUGGAGAUAUCGGGACUUCACCUUUGUAUGUGUAUUCAAGUACCUUUACUAAUGGGAUCAAACAUCAAGAUGAUAUUUUGGGUGUUUUGUCCUUGAUCUUUUACACGUUCACGCUUAUUCCUGUUAUCAAGUACGUUUCCAUCGUCCUACAUGCGAAUGAUCAUGGCGACGGUGGUACUUUUGCAUUGUACUCAAAAUUGUGUCGAUAUGCAAAGGUAGGUUUAAUCCCAAGUGAACAACCAGAGGAUCGAGAGGUCUCGAACUUUCAACUUGAUUUGCCUGGAAAACGUAACACAAUAGCGUCAAAAGUUAAGAAAAGUCUUGAGGGUAGCGGCUUUGCCAAGUUUUCACUUCUAUUUGCAGCUAUGCUUGGGACUUCCAUGGUCAUUGGGGAUGGCAUCCUUACUCCUUCUAUAUCUGUGUUAUCAGCAGUAUCAGGACUCAAAGAAGCGACGGAUACCAUGACCGAAGGAAGGAUUGUUAUUAUAUCAGUAAUAAUCUUGAUAACUUUAUUCAUGGCACAAAGGUUUGGAACUGAUAGAGUUGGAUAUGCUUUUGCCCCCAUCAUUUGUGUAUGGUUCGCCCUCAUUGCUGGAAUUGGUGUCUACAAUUUCAUCAAGUUUGACCCUACAGUUGUCAAAGCCUUAAAUCCUAAAUAUAUCGUCGAUUACUUCAAACGAAAUGGAAAAGAGGCAUGGAUAUCACUUGGUGGAGUUGUCCUCGCCAUUACAGGAACCGAGGCCAUGUUUGCUGAUCUUGGACACUUUACUGUCAAAUCGAUACAAAUAAGCAUGGGUUGUGUGGUUUAUCCAGCGUUAAUGGCAGCCUAUAGUGGUCAGGCGUCAUGGUUAAGAAAGCACAGCAAUCUAGUGGAAGACACGUUCUUUAAGUCAAUUCCGGAUGCCUUGUAUUGGCCUGUAUUUGUGGUGGCUAUUAUGGCAGCCAUUAUAGCAAGUCAGGCAAUGAUUUCAGGGACUUUCUCAAUUAUCAAACAAUCGCUUUCGCUAGGGUGCUUUCCUCGUGUUCAAGUCGUGCAUACAUCCGCUAAGUAUGAAGGACAAGUCUAUAUACCAGAAAUGAACUAUCUUCUUAUGAUUGGUUGUGUUCUUGUUACCGUAACGUUCAGAACCACUGAAAAAAUCGGCCAUGCUUAUGGCAUUGCGGUGAUAUUUGCCGAGACGUUAACAUCGGGGUUCAUGGCGGUGAUCAUGCUUGUCAUAUGGAAGACGAACAUAUUUUUGGUGAUCUUAUAUGUCCUUGUGAUUAGCUCCACAGAAUACCUCUACUUAAGCGCGGUUCUCUACAAAUUCGGCCAAGGGGGAUACUUGCCAUUUUCGUUUGCUGUCGUGCUAAUGUUCAUUAUGUGCACUUGGAACUAUGUUUAUCGUGAGAAAUACAACUACGAGCUUGAUCACAAGGUAUCCCGAGAGGCCAUAAAAGACAUUGUUAAGGACUCACAUAUUAGUCAUAUGGGAGGACUUGCAAUCUUCUACUCUGAGCUAGCACAUGGCAUUCCUCCAAUCUUUAAACACUACAUUGACAAUGUUCCCGCCUUACAUUCGGUUAUUGUCUUUGUUUCCAUCAAGUCCUUGCCAAUUAGUAGGGUGGCACCCGAAGAGAGGUUCUUGUUCCGAAAAGUAAAGACAGACGAGUUGUAUGUAUUUAGAUGCGUCGUCAGGUAUGGGUACACAGAUGUACGCAAUGAAAAGGAGUCAUUUGAAAAGCUUCUAAUUGAACGUUUGAAGGAUUUCAUCGUGUAUGAUUUUGGAGUUGGUGAAAACCAACAAGGUCGCAUAGCGGACGAUGAUGUGGUUAAACUAGACAAAGCUUGGCGAAUGGGAGUUGUGCAUUUGGUGGGUGAGCAUGAGAUCAUUUCUAGCAAAGGGUCGUCGAUUGGGAAAAGGUUCUUGAUAGAUUAUGCUUACAAUUUCCUGAAGAAGAACUUGAGACAAAGUUACAGUGUUUUCGAAAUUCCUCAUAAAAGGAUGUUGAAGGUUGGUAUGACUUACGAGCUCUAAUGAGGAUAAACGGACUUUGUGUGUUAAUUAGUUGAUAUAUAAAUAAUCGACUCGUCUCCCAACUGAUUUGAACUUUUCCAAGAUAAUCUAAAGGUUAUCUAUUCAAAUUUCACCAAUACGUUAUCACAUAAAUGUUUAAAUCCGAAAAGCCCAGAUUAUAACUUUUCAGAUGAGUACUCUUCCUAGCACCAGCUUGUGUUUUCUAUUUUUCCAAAAUAUCUUUUGGUUAUCU